AUGAGACGACCAAGGCUACAGGAUGGGCACUCGAGGNCCGGAUACCUUGCUGUCGACAGCGCUCAGAUGUACCACAACGAACGCCAGGUCGGUAACGCCAUAAAUGACUUUCUCAAGUCUCCCAACAACACUGUAAACCUCGGCCGCGAGGACAUUCACUACACAUCAAAGCUUGCGAGCAACAGCGACUACAACACGGCAAGAAAGAGCAUCAAGAAGAGCGUGCAGGAGUGUGGCCUGGGAUAUAUAGAUUUGUUUCUGCUGCACAGUCCGUACGGAGGAAAGAAGGCUCGCCUGGAGAGUUGGCGCGCCGUCGAGNACGCCAUCAUGGAUGGCGAGAUCAAGAUCGGAGGUGUCAGCAACUACGGUGUCCAACACCUGCAGGAGCUCCUCGACUCGAAGCCGCGCAUCCCUCCAGCCGUCAACCAGAUCGAGGUGCACCCGUUCAACACGCGCACCGACAUCACCUCUUUCUGCCAGAAGAACGACAUUAUGGUCGAGGCAUAUGCUCCUCUGGCGCGCGCUCUGCGCAUGAAGCACCCCGUGAUCGUCGAGCUCAGCAAGAAGUACAAUUGCAAUCCGGGUCAGUUGCUGGUGAGGUGGUCGGUCCAGCAUGGCUACGUGCCGUUGCCCAAGAGUGUCAAGAAGGAGCGCAUCGCACAGAACGGCGACAUUGGCGGCUUCGAGAUUGACGAGGGCGACAUGGCCAGGAUGGAUGGAUUGGACGAGUAUUUGGUGACUGGUAAGAUGCAAGUCGACAUUUGCCGAGAUGAUUAUGCUGACUUGCCCGUGCCUUCUCNNCAGACUGGGAUCCCACCGAUGCCCCGUAGAUCCCCGCNNGUCCGCACCGCUGUCGGAGUGUUGCUAUCUUUUGGGUAG